UCUAUCGAGACAGAAUAACGAUCCUUGGGUGAUCGCAUCUUUCGGAACUGCUGGGGUUCCUGACCAUACUAAACCCCAAUAAACCAUGGACUAAUUGAUUGUUUUACCUACCCUCAUUCCGCCAAUCCCUGACCACUGCCUACCCCAGCUCGACUCGCGACAAGGCCUUCGCUGCCACCAUGGACGAGGUUAGCCCGUUCGCCGAGGUCCUGGGCCAGGCCAUCUACCAUUUCACCCUCAUAAAACCCCUCCUGCCAACCUACGGACAUCUGCUCGUCUCUGCGCUAUUUCCCAUCUACAUUGGCGCUCAUGCCUCCCUCUCCAAACCAUCGUCGGCCGCAAAAUCCCCGAAGAAAUCACAGGAGGAUAGAUACGAGUCGGACACGGAAGAGGACGAAAGCCUGGGAGAUGCCCAUAAGAUGGAGGGUCUGGCGCCAAGUGAUGCUCUGAUGUUCCCGUUGACUGCUGGUCUCACUCUCGGGGGCCUGUACCUGGUGAUCAAGUACAUGGGUGCCGACCUACUGAACAAGAUUCUCGGGUACUACUUCUCCCAGAUGGGCAUGCUCUUCGCCAUAGCCUUCCUAAAAGACUGCUUUGCGGUCGUUAGAUCAUUCUUCUUUCCUAGAAAAUACAGCGGUUCCGGCAGGAUCUGGAAGCCGAAGCCGGCUGAACGCGUCUUUCAAGGUGCUCGGGAAGAUGGUUCCAGCUCGGAGUCUUUGGAAGUCCGACAUUCUCCCCUCCCAGGGAUCAUGGGCGCAAUCCCACUGCCACAUGCCGUCCGUGCAGCACUUUGGACUUGUCGUGAGGUAUCAUAUUGGCGGGCGCGACUUCGGAUCCAUGUACAUCGCCUGUUCAACGUGGAAUGUUGGCUCAGCGUUCUUGACCUCCUCAGCGUAGCCGUGGCUUUACCUGCAAUCGGCUACUUCACCUUCGUCACCAAGCCGUGGUGGCUGACCAACUUCCUAGGCUUCAGUUUCUGCUACGGCACGCUGCAGUUCAUGUCGCCGUCCACCUUCAUAACCGGGUCACUAAUCCUGGGGUCUUUGUUUUUCUAUGACAUCUAUUUUGUCUACUUCACCCCAUUGAUGGUGACGGUGGCGAAGACACUCGACGUCCCAAUCAAACUCCUGUUUCCGCGUCCUGCGGGACCUGGUGAAGCACCCGACACCAUCUCCCUGGCCAUGCUAGGAUUGGGCGACAUUAUUAUUCCCGGUAUGAUGGUGGGCCUGGCGCUCCGGUUCGACCUCUACCUCUACUACAAGCGAAAGGGCAUGCGCAAGGUGCAAACGGAGGGCAACGGCUCGGAGAUUGUCAAGCCUGUGUAUCAGUCCGCGACGGGAGGAUGGGGCGAGCGCUUCUGGACCCGUUCGGUGGCACCAAGCGAGCCGGAGCUGGAACCUCCGUACCAUGACGCUCGCUCGUUCCCCAAGCCUUACUUUACCGCAAGUAUCAUUGGAUACGUGCUGGGGAUGCUUGCAACUCUAGUCGUCAUGCAGAUCUUUGACCAUCCUCAGCCGGCGCUUCUGUAUCUGGUGCCGGGGGUUCUACUCUCGCUGUGGGGGACUGCGUUAGUGAGAAAGGAGGUCCACGAGAUGUGGGAUUUCAGUGACGCGGAGGAAGAAGAUGAGGAUCCCGGUGUGGCGGAUGCGGAGACGAAGGAGCCUGUUGAAGCUGGUAAGCAAGGGAGCCUUUUCUCCCGGAUCCCCUCUACGCCCAAGGAAAGCCCAGAGAAGCCGUCGAAAUCGGAAGAGGCGAGCGACAAAUCCCAGGCCGGGAAAUCCGACAAAAAGGAGUCCACGGAGAAGCUCGAGUUGUUCACCAUUUCUCUAUACCAUCCUCGGAAACGCGAGACUAGCAAGCCCAAAACCCCGACGGAGCGUGGGCAGUCCCCCGAGGAGGAUGAGAAUUGGGCCCUAGUUGGAAGUGUAGAACGGGAUGCUGAACCUCCGGCCAAGCGAUUGCGCCGGAGUCCGCGCCAACACUAAUAACUUUGGGGUUCUGCCAUUUGGUAGGCUAUCUAGCUAGCGUUGGUUCCAUAGUAAGCCGAGCUGCAUGAGAUGCAUGAAGGA